CAAUUCAGUUGUCGUGGUGUCGGUGGCUGCUGCCGCAAAUAUGGCAGGAACCAGUGGUUCGUCUAGUCGGGUGGAUCGGCCGCAUUCUUCACCACCAAUACAAGCUGACGGUGAUGACAGCGAUGAAAGUUUGGAAGACUUUGUUACCCGUCGCGUGCAAUUCAACAUACAACAGGAACAGCACGAGGGUGCCAGUGGCAGGAGUGACGAACGUCUGGGCACCAUAUGCCUUAUAUGCCGCGUGGCGGCAGUUAACUGCCUGAACCAACCAUGCGGUCACAUAGUGGCCUGCUUCGCUUGCAUGGUCGAAAAUCAGAGGUUCAGAUCUACAUGUCCGUACUGUACAUCGGAGGUUGCCAACAUUCUGCAAGUAAUGGUCCGAGGAGCGGAAUGAAUUCGAGUUCUGCUUCAGCUGACGUCUUCUAGCUGUUCUUCAUCUGACGUCUCCCAAAUAUUGAAGUAGAUUUUAGAAGUGGUUGUUGGAAGUUUCCGAUGUUCUUUAGUUGUGUAUUUGAGUUCUUUUUCUACAUAGAUAUCGUAGGUAUGGGUUUGUAAAUAGAAAAAUGGCUCUGAGAUUUCGUGGUGAAAAGAUGUAUUUAAUUUUGCUGCGGUAGGAAUGGGAAGCCAUUACUUUCUAAUUUCUUUAUUUCAGUUCGAGUGAUCACU